ACUCGAAAACCUCACAAAAAGCUAAAACCCUAAUUUACAACAUCGUCGUGCCUGACUUAAUCCCAAUUUUUCCGGGACCGUCGACGCCGAUAGAAAGAAGAUGAAAGAGACGAGAAAGCUUCAAAAGAGAAAUCUUAACGGCGUGAGGGGUGAAACCAAGGUAGAAGUAACUGAUGUGAAGAGAGUUGGGAAAAAAAUACAGAGGAAGAAGAAAGAGAAAGUGAGCAAUGUUGACUUAAGCGAGCAACCUCAGGCUUCACAGCUUCAAGCUAUUUCAAGUGAGAAACCUAAAACAAAGAAGAAGAAGAUUCAGAAGAGUAAGGAAAUAAAUAGCUCCCCAGCUGAUGGGAAGCUCAGUGGGAAGAUGAAGAAGAGAAAAGAGAAAGGAGGUGAUGUUGAUACUAUAACCGAACCGAAUCUAGAAGCUAUUUCGACUGAGAAAGUUGAAGAAAAGAAGAGCAAAAUGAACAAGACAAAAAAGAAAAGGAAGGCUAAGGAAAUAACUAGGGCUUCAGUUGAAGAUGAUAAUCAGAAGAGAGAAGGCAAGUCUAAGAAAUCAAAUAAGAAGAAAAAGAUGGACAUGACCUCUAUGAAAGAGAAUCAAAUUGAAGAGGAAGAAGAUGUUUAUGAAAUUUCUUCAGGCGAUGAGGAUUGCACAAAGGGAAUGAAAAAGUGGGUUACUGAUUACUAUGAGAGUAGACCUGGUAUAGACGAGCUGCAAAAGAGAAUUGAUGACUUCAUGACUGCUCACGACGAACGCCUUGAAAAGGAGAAACAAGAAAAAGAAGCUAAAGCUGCAGAAGGUGGAUGGACUGUGGUCGUCCAUCACAAAGGAAGGAAAAAGUCAACAGAAGCUGAAUCUGGAACAGCCGUUGGAUCCUUUUCUCAGGCUUCUUUGGAGGAUAAGAUCGCUAAGAAGAAACAGAGUGAGCCAGUCGCUCAUGGUUUCUACCGUUUCCAAAGGCGAGAAGCACAACGCAACGAAAUCUUGGCGCUUCAGAGUAAGUUCGAGCAAGACAAGAAGAGGAUACAACAACUUCGAGCUGCUCGUAGGUUUAAGCCUUUCUAAGAAAAGGAAAAAAACAGAUCCCGCAUGGAACAACAUGAGUUUUUUAAUGUGGGUUUUAGCCUCAUGAAACUCAGGAGCAAUGUCAUGAAUGUGUUUUAUGAUCAAAUUUUGUAACUGACAAUUUCAAGCUGAUAAACAAAAAGAAAUAUUUUUUCU